AUGAACGACUGUGAUGCAAAGGUAUUCUCCGAGGUCAAAUCUAAAGGCAGUGCUUUCAGAGUUAAACUUGAUGCAGCCAACCAAAAUAGCAUCCAGAAAACUCAUAUCUUGUUUGGCGCUACAGGAAGUGGGAAAACGACUCUUUUGCAUCUUUUAAAUGAAGAUCAACUAAUUGUUCAAGACGGAGAUAGAGGCCCUAUUCUAAAAAUUCGUGAUAAUUCGAUAAUCCCAGGAAUUAUUGGUCAUAGUGUGAACUCAGAAACCUCUGAGCCAAAUUUGUAUUACAAUCAAAGAACAAGAAUUCUAUAUAUUGAUUGUCCUGGACAAGAAGAUACUCACGGAUGGGGUCAAGACCUCGCCAAUGCAUUUUAUUGCUUAAAUGUAUUCUCCUUAUGCCGAAGCAAAAUUCUGCUAUAUAUAGUCAGCGAGUAUGAGAUACAGAGCAGAGCAGUGGGCUUUCGUAAUUCAUUGAAACAAUUACUUAAUUCUUCAAUCUUGAUGUAAAACAUUAUAUUAUUUCUGCUAAUAAUUAAUUAAAUUAAACAAUAUAAGCAAGAUUUAAUACAAGCUAUGCUCAAGAAAUGUUUGGCAUUAAGAUAAUAAAGUAAUUUUUAAUUUAAAGGAAUAAAGAAGACUGCCGAGUUAGACUCUUUGAAAAUCAUACCGAAGAACUUAACUACCCCCCCUCCAUGAGUGAACAAAAACAUUAGAAAAAUCCCUAUUUUUGCCCAAAAGCCCACCCGUGAGUGAACAAAAAUUUUUUAAUACAAAAUGUUUUAUAUAAAAAAUUUUUGAUAUAUUAAUGAUAAUUAGUAUAAUGAAAUCUAGAGCUAAUUCUGUUUAAUUUUAAACGAAUUGCUUUUUAAAACAUAAAUUUUAUAAAUUAAAUUAAUAUUUGCUUUCCAAUUUUUGCGAAUUAGGAUUUUUUUAAAUUUCGAAAAAAAUUAACCCCCCUCCGUGAGUGAACAAUUUUUUGUUCACUCACGGAGGGGGGGAGUAAGAACAAUUGUUAUUUGAUAUUUACUAUGAAAAUUUAUAUCCAAGAUUUUUCAUUAGCUAUAAAAGAUAUCAACCUCGAUCCAAUUUGCAUGGAGUUUUUAACAUUAUCAUUGCCAAUAAUAGAAUAA